CUAUUGAAGGUGUGUUUUCGUCUCGUUUAGGCUACUCGAUACAUACCAUGGAGUCUUUCGCAUUGUUCACAAAAUUCACGCAAUGAAAUCCCUGUUCACUUCGUCUCCGUGAAUACGGUUUCACCUCCUAACUCACACGAGUUCUCAAUAGGGCAUCAUGUCAAUGGAAAUUAUAUAGAAUUGAGCUGUGGUGAAUAGCGUAGGCCUCUUGCUUGCAUAUAAAUACAGCUUCACCCUGCCUCUACACAAGUUUUUCUUCUUUGUCUACAAACCUGAUCCGCUGCUGUCAAACAUCAACUUUCAUCUCGCAAGCUUGCACUUUUUCACACUUCUUGCCUUCAUCAAGUCGACAUCUCUCAUAUCCAACGCGCCGAAUCGUCAGAACAAACAAUCAGCAAGAUCAAAUCCUUCACUACCAUCAUGUUCCCAGCACGAAUCUCCCAGUUGGCCCUCUUCAUUGCCUCCGCCACUGCCCUCUUCAAGCAGUGGUGCAUGGCCUACCGGUACCCCCGGACGGUCUCAUAUGCCGAUCUCUGUGAGGAUACCUGCGUGGUCGUCAGCCAGAUCCUCCACCACUUCUUCACCGCCGCCGCCGGCUUCAGUAUCGAGGCCAAGGGAAACCUUGAGCACCCCGUCCGGGUACGCCUCACCAAAAAGCACAAGAAAACGACCAUUCCCGCCGACCAGAUCUACGAAUACCACAUCAAGCACUACAACCCCUCUCUCGUUGCGCCGUCCUGGGCUGGUCCCAGCGACAUUUCCUCCUUCUGGGCCCUGGUGCUCGCCAUUGCCUCCCCGCCGCAAGUGCGCGCUCUGUGGUGCCCCGACACCACCGACAACGAGCUGCACGCGUAUACCAAGCGCGUCAUGACAGAGGAGGGAGUACGGGCUGGUCCCGUACUCAUCAUCAACAACGACAAGAUGGAGUUCUUCUGGUUUUCUGCUGGCGCCAGUGGCGCAUACUGCUGGCUCGACCGCACCAGCUUCGGCGUCCCGGUGGAUCCGUCGGUGCAGCUGGCUCCCGGCCGCCUCGGCCAUGUGGAACUCUUGAUGCGCGGCUUGCUCAAGCAGGAGACAUGGUUGGGUGUCGGUCGGGGGUUCAGUGGGGUGAGGGUGGGGGAGAAGGGUAGGGUGGGGACGAGGAGUCUGGAUGUCAGAUGUCCUCAUCCGGAGAGGACGUGGGCUUUGGAGGUUGGGGGUGAGGAGAGAAGGGGUGAGGCGGUGCUGGAGAGCCCGCCGAUGAGCCCGCUGACGGAGGUGGGGGAGGAGUUGGUGGAAGAGAGGCGUGGUGAAGAGGGGGGGAGGAAGAGGAAGAGAGAGGUGGAAGUGGAUGGAGGCCCCGAUGGGGAGAGGGCGGCGAAGAGGGUGAGGUGGGAGUGAAGGGGUGGGAGAGGUGGACUCUCUACCCCAGUGAGGGGGGUUCAGCGGUUGGUAACGAGAAAAGUUCUUUGAUUUCGAAUACCACAAUGAUGAUUCCUUCGCCAGCGCUGCUGGCUAUACCCAAAAUUAAGGUCUCAACCUUGUGUCUUAGUGAUUAUGUUUUGAUCAUGGUCUUCGAGUCUAAGCUAUCAUCUUCCUUUACUACUAAUCAUGUUAGGUUAAGAUAACUAAAGGAUUGACUAGACUACUCAACGUACUAUGACAUCCUUUGACUAGCAGUAUCAUGGAAACGACACCCAGCACAUUAUCGCAUAUUUCCAUGAACUGGAUAUAGCCUGAAAAUAACUAGAGAAUGUAGCUUUCACAAAUUGUUAUCACUAUACAUACCUUAUGGUUGACGCGGCAUCAAGGCCUUU